UUCUGCGCCUCGCUUUGGCAAAGUCCUCUCUCUCUAUUCCUCCCCGUCUUCAUCUUCUUCCUCCCCCUGUUUUUCUCUCUCUCUCUCUCUCUCUCUCUAUAUAUAUAUCUAUACACCUUCCGUAUAUCUGGAAUGGCGCCGAGUCAGAGGGACGUACAGCUGACGGCGGUGGCCGGGGGCUGGGAACGGGGGGCGACGGAUGAGGAAGCCGGCGACCUCGAGGGGGUUAGGCUUUUGGACUCGUACGAGGCUGCGGCGCCGGCGGAGGACGAGGGUUUGGGGAAAGGUGCUAAGAGAAUUCAGCUGAGGGUCACGGGGAUGACUUGUGCGGCUUGUUCGAAUUCCGUGGAAGGGGCACUCAGGAGCGUCGAAGGGGUAUUAUGGGCUUCCGUGGCCCUGCUUCAGAAAAAGGCCGAUGUCGUUUUUGAUCCUAAUUUGCUCAAGGAAGAAGACAUCAAGGAUGCAAUAGAAGAUGCAGGGUUUGAGGCAGAAGUUCUAUCAGAACCCAACAAAUCUCAAACUAAACCACAUGGAACCUUGGUGGGGCAGUUUAGUAUAGGAGGUAUGACAUGUGCAGCUUGUGUUAACUCUGUUGAAGGCAUCUUAAGAGAUCUACAUGGAGUAAAAAGGGCAGUAGUUUCUUUGGCCACUUCAUUGGGCGAGGUUGAGUAUGAUCCUAAUGUAAUAACUAAAGAUGGUAUUGUCAAUGCUAUUGAAGAUGCUGGUUUUGAAGGUUCACUUGUUCAGAGCAGUGAGCAGGAUAAAAUCAUACUAGAGGUUGCUGGCACAUCGAAUGAGUUGGAUGCCCAGCUUCUGGAAGGCAUACUCCGCAACUUGAAAGGCAACUUGAAAGGCAUAAGGCAUACUCAUUUUGACAGGGCAUCAAGACAACUAGAUGUUCUCUUUGAUCCUGAAGUAGUUGGUUCUAGAUCCUUUGUUGAUGCAAUUGAGAGUGGUAGCAACGGAAAGUUUAAAUUACAUGUGAAGAACCCUUAUACAAGAAUGGCUUCUAAAGAUAUGGAAGAAUCCUCUAACAUGUUUCGGCUCUUCACUGCCAGUCUCUUUCUCAGUGUUCCUGUCAUUCUUAUGAGAGUUGUCUGCCCUCGCAUACCUUUGUUGUAUUCAUUACUGCUUUGGCGAUGUGGACCAUUCCAAAUGGGUGAUUGGUUGAAGUGGGCAUUGGUUACUGUAGUUCAAUUUGUCAUUGGGAAGCGUUUCUAUGUUGCAGCUGGCAGAGCACUUCGACAUGGUUCAACAAACAUGGAUGUUUUGGUUGCAUUGGGUACCUCGGCUUCUUACUUCUACUCUGUUUAUGCACUUUUAUAUGGUGCCAUCACUGGGUUUUGGUCUCCAACAUACUUUGAAACAAGUGCAAUGCUGAUAACAUUUGUUUUAUUGGGAAAGUACCUGGAAACUCUUGCAAAAGGGAAAACAUCUGAUGCUAUAAAGAAGCUAGUGGAGCUUGCACCUGCAACAGCUAUAUUGCUUGUUCAUGACAAAGGUGGGAAAAUUGUUGGAGAGAGGGAGAUAGAUGCAUUGCUGAUUCACCCUGGGGAUGUGUUAAAAGUUCUUCCUGGCACAAAGGUUCCUGUAGAUGGGACUGUUGUGUGGGGAUUGAGUUAUGUCAAUGAGAGUAUGGUGACUGGUGAAUCUGCACCUGUACUGAAGGACAUGAAUUCAUCUGUUAUUGGAGGUACAAUGAAUUUGCAUGGUUCCCUUCACAUUCAUGCAACCAAAGUUGGAUCCGACACAGUUUUGAGCCAGAUAAUUUGUUUGGUUGAAACGGCUCAGAUGUCUAAAGCUCCCAUUCAGAAGUUUGCUGAUUUUGUUGCUAGCAUAUUUGUCCCAACAGUUGUUGCCAUGUCAUUAUUGACAUUAUUGGGCUGGUAUAUUGGUGGAGUUGUGCAAGCUUACCCAGAAGAAUGGCUACCAGAAAAUGGCAAUUACUUUGUUUUUGCUCUCAUGUUUUCUAUUUCGGUUGUGGUGAUUGCAUGUCCUUGUGCUCUUGGCUUGGCCACCCCAACUGCUGUCAUGGUUGCAACCGGAGUUGGAGCAAGUAAUGGAGUGCUAAUAAAAGGAGGAGAUGCAUUGGAGAGAGCUCAGCUGGUUAGAUAUGUGGUAUUUGAUAAAACAGGCACCCUAACCCAGGGAAAAGCCUCAGUUACAACUGCUAAAGUUUUCACAGAAAUGGAACGUGGAGAAUUCCUUACAUUGGUAGCUUCAGCAGAGGCUAGCAGUGAACAUCCAUUGGCAAAAGCGAUUGUAGAAUAUGCACGCCACUUCCACUUCUUUGAGCCUUCCACUAGCAAGGAUACAGAAGACCACAGUGACCCAUCCAAAUUUCCUGCAUGGCUUCAUGAUGUCUCUGAUUUCUCUUCACUUCCUGGCAGAGGUGUACAGUGCUUUAUUGAUGGAAAGCUCAUUUUGGUUGGUAAUCGGAAGCUAUUAUCUGAAAAUGGGAUUGCCAUUUCAACUACUGUAGAAAAAAUUGUGGUAAAAUUGGAGGAAAGUGCACAAACAGGUAUACUUGUUGCUUAUGAUGGCACGCUGAUUGGUGUUUUAGGGGUGGCAGAUCCACUAAAGAGAGAAGCUGCCGUUGUUGUGGAAGGCCUUAAGAAAAUAGGAGUUAAGCCUGUCAUGGUUACCGGGGAUAACUCGAGGACAGCUCGAGCAGUUGCUAGGGAGGUGGGCAUUCAAGACGUUUGGGCAGAGGUGAUGCCGGCAGGAAAAGCUGAGGUCAUCCGUUCAUUUCAGAAAGAUGGAAGCCUCGUGGCCAUGGUGGGUGAUGGUAUCAAUGACUCUCCCGCCUUGGCUGCUGCAGAUGUUGGUAUGGCGAUUGGGGCAGGAACAGACAUCGCCAUCGAGGCUGCUGACUACGUAUUGAUGAGAAAUAACUUGGAAGAUGUUAUCACAGCCAUCGAUCUCUCGAGAAAGACAUUCUCCCGUAUUCGAUUGAAUUAUGUCUUUGCAAUGGCCUAUAAUGUGAUUGCAAUUCCUGUUGCUGCCGGAGUUUUCUUCCCUUGGGUAAAAAUCAAGUUACCGCCAUGGGUAGCUGGCGCAUGCAUGGCUCUCUCAUCUGUAAGUGUUGUGUGCUCUUCUUUGCUUCUUAGGAGAUACAGAAAGCCUAGACUAACCACCAUACUAGAAAUAACCAUCGAGUAGGAGGGGAAAAAGAAAAGAAAAGAAAAGAAAAAAAUCUGCCCUCUGCUUCUGAGGAAGGAAAUUGAAAUGGAUCAAUUUGGAAGCGGAUGAUAUCUGUUAUCCCAGUUUUGUGUUGUAUUUUUUUUUGUGUAGAAUUGACACAUUCUCAGAGGGGUUCUUUCACCCAACCCAUUCAAUGUAAAUGCCAAUUUAUUGUAUCAUUCUCUUUUGCCCCGCUGUUCUUGAUUUGAAAUAUAUCGAUAAAGAGAAUCAACGCUUGUUCCGUGAUA